AUGGGAAGAUCCUCAUAUAAAACCACCCAACACUGUCGGAAGCGACGUUUCUCGGACACCCAAGAAUACUGCGGAGAGCAAAAGCGAGCCUGCCGAAACUGGUUGGAUCUCCCGGAGGACCUAACGGCGUCAAUAUUUUCAAGGUUGAAAGCCACAGAGAUCUUGCAUGAUUGUCAGCUUGUGUGCAAGAGAUGGUUGCAAAUCUGCAAGGUUAACCCUCUGGUAUGGCGAACCAUCGACAUGGAUCAUCACCUUUUGGAUGAUUUCAUCUACGGCAGCAUGGAGCAUAUGUGCCGCGACCUCAUUGAUCGUAGCUGUGGUAGUUUGGUCGAUAUCAACGUUGUGCGCUUCGGCACCGACAGGCUUCUUAAGUCCAUAACUGAUAGUAGUUCAUGUGGAAUCAGACGCCUACGAUUGGAAGAUUGUCCCGCGAUAACAGAUGAGGGAUUGUGUGGAGUGGCCUCGAAAUUUGCUCGGUUAAAAGAGCUUGACAUUUCAGAAUGCUUUCUCUCUUAUAAAACUCUAGAAGUGAUUGGAAGAUCUUGCCCCCUUUUAGUAUCAUUGAAACUGAAACGUCGAUUCAACGAGAGGGGGAGCAACUCUAUGUACGGAUACACUAUAGCACGAAACAUGCGCGGUUUACACAGCCUUUCGCUUUCCAAAUUUAACCUAACUAAUGAUGAAUUGCGAAAAAUCCUCGAGUCCUGUCUUGGUCUUGAAACACUUGAUUUGGGUGAGAGUUUUCUUCCAUAUCUAGAGGAAGAUUUGGGAAGAAGAUGUGCUGAACAAAUUAGAAAAAAAUUGGAGCUUCCCUAUAGGCUAAACUACGACAUCGAGAAGUAUUUAUCACAAGUAACGAAUAACAAGAGUUGA